AUGAAAGUCGCUCGCCUACUUUCAGAGUGUGGAGCUGUCGGUCGAUCCCUGUCGUACAAUUCACUACCCGAGGUGCUACAAAUCUGCCACGGAAGACGGAAGCUCACUUUCCGCCAUCAAGCUACUGUCACCCAGACACAAUUCACACAACUAUGCUCUCGAGCUCUCUAUCUGGAGACGUGCUUCCAAGUAGUCAAUAGUGACUUCACGAUAAUGAACUGUCCACAUUUACGAGCAAUAAAACCCUGCAGUCAAGGACAACAGGUAUUUACAAUUAUCGGUAAUGACAUGCUGGAAAGGAUCAUCAUCAAUUCAAAAGUCAUCUACCCGAGGAUAGAAAAGAUCAUGGUGGUGCAAAGAAAUUCACAAGUUCCUCCAGCAAACAUUGCACAGCUCAAAAAGAUUUGUCCACACUGUCUGAUAGAGGGCUUCUUCUCAAAGUGCAGGAACGUGGAAAAGGUUCAAACACUGGACGAGUUCAUGAAACUAUGUGCUGGAGAGAGGCUAAUUUCCGCAACUCAUGGACUCGUCUUACAGUUCAACUUCACGGAGUCACAGAUUAAUGAGCUGUUCUCGGGAGCUGUUGAAAUAAAACUAUGCCUGAAUAUUCGUGCGUCUAGGAUCAGAAGAAUAACGUUCCCGAAGUUAACUCGAUGGAAGGCAUGCCGACCAGGUAAAAAUGCCCUCAAUUUCAUCAACAAUCCUUUCUUGGAAAGGGUUAAUCUGCCAUCAUGUACAAUGGGUAGAUGCAUAGAAAGUGGUAUCGUUAGCGGAAAUCCACGGUUCUCACCCGAGCAAAUGCAAAAGCUGCAAAAAUGGUGUCCAUCUUGUAAGAUGGAACCCUACGUACCAGCGUGUGGCCUCGGAAACAGAGACUACACUGCGGAGGACUUUGUAAGAGCAUGUGCAGGAUAUGAAGUCAUCAUACCAAAACCGGGAACACGUGUCGUAAUUCAUUCAUGGACAUUGACAGAAAAAGAGAUCAACAAAUUUUGCUCAAACGCCGUCUACAUGGAAGUUUGUAUGAGCAUCACUCAAUCAUCCUACAGAAGCCUACGAUGUCCUCGCCUUAAAAGUCUACGAUCAUGCCAACGCGGUUCGUCCUAA